UGGAGACAGGCGUGGUGGAGGGAGAGUCACGUUUCGGAGAGGGAAGUGAAAUAAAGAGGGCGGCACCCGGGGGGACCUGUGCGUCAUUGAGGGACCGAGGAGAAGAGCGGGCGCACGGGGUGGAAAAGAAGUGGGAGCGAGAAGCAGGAGGGGGCGGCCGCGGAGCGCGAGUUGGGGCGCCGCGAAGCGCCCGAGCCUCCUGCCUUCUCCGGGCCGCGCCCCGGCCGCCCGCAGCCUCCCGGCGCCCGCUCCGACCCACGCGCUCCGGAUCCGGCCGGCGGGGCGUGCCCUCCGCGCGCAGAAUGUGGCAGCGGACACGGCCCCGGCCCCGCGCUCCCUGGCGCUGGGCGCUGGCGCUGCUGGCCCUGGGCGGCGCGGGGCUGUGCCACGCCGGCCCGCAGCCCAGGCACCCCGCGCGGCCCAGCGCCAGGAACAAGAAUUGGUGCGCCUACAUCGUGAACAAGAACGUGAGCUGCUCGGUGCUGGAGGGAAGUGAGAGUUUUAUUCAGGCUCAGUACAACUGUGCUUGGAACCAGAUGCCCUGUCCGUCCGCGCUCGUGUACCGUGUGAGCGUCAGACCCAGAUAUGUCACCAGGUACAAGACGGUGACCCAGUUGGAGUGGAGGUGCUGCCCUGGCUUCAGAGGGGGAGACUGCCAAGAAGGUGCCAGAGACCCGGAGAGGACCCCCCGUCCCACGCCCGCUCGGCCUCGGAACAGCAUGAAGAAAGCCACAGACAAUGAACCGAGCCAGGUCACAGAGCCUAAGAAGACUCUGUCACCAACCCCUGCGGCGGAACCAAGUCGGACGGUAGAUCCAAAACAGGGGCCCCAAGAACUUCAGGAAAAGAAAAUCCAGGUGCUUGAGGAGAAGGUUCUCCGACUCACAAGGACAGUUACUGAUCUCCAGUCUUCCAUUGCCGGGGUGAAUGAAAACCUCAGACACGCCAUUCAGGACGAUGCCAGCAAAAUGCUGGCGUCAUGGCUCAGUAAUCUGCACCCCCAGCCCGUGCCAGACAGUGCCGUUGGUGGAGAACCAGAAACGAUCCAGCUUCCCGGUGUCCUCCACAAUAGGGACUCUGGCAUGAAGGACAUCCAGUCUGAAUUGGCUGAAGUCAAGGAUGCUCUGAAGACCAAGAGUGACAAGCUGGAAGAGCUGGAUGGGAAAGUGAAGGGUUAUGAAGGGCGGCUCAGACAGCUCCAGGAGGCUGCCCAGGGCCCUAUAGUCACCAUGACGACCAAUGAGCUCUACCAAGCCUAUGUGGACAGUAAGAUUGAUGCGCUGAGGGAGGAGCUCAUGGAGGGGAUGGACAGAAAGCUGGCCGACCUGAAGAACUCGUGUGAGUACAAGCUGGCUGUGCUCCAGCAGCAGUGUGAUGACUAUGGGAGCAGCCACCUGGGAGUGGUUGAGCUUAUAGGAGAGAAGGAGACGAGCCUGAGAAAAGAAAUAAACGACCUCCGAGCCCAUGUACAGGACCCGUCAGCCCAGGGAAAUUGCUGCGACAGUGCAAAGAAUGGUGACUUUGGGCAGCAGAUCAAGAUGUUAGACCAGAAAAUUGAAAGAGUUGCCGAAGCCACCAGAAUGCUGAACGGACGUCUGGACAAUGAGUUUGACCGCCUCAUAGUUCCGGAGCCAGACGUGGACUUUGAUGCAAGGUGGAAUGAGCUGGACGCAAGGAUCAACGUGACUGAGAAGAACGCAGAGGAACACUGCUUUUAUAUUGAAGAGACCCUACGAGGGACCAUUAAUGGGGAGGUGGAUGACUUGAAGCAACUUCUCAGUCAGAAGAUCCAGUCUCUGGAGGAGCGCCUGGGGAGCGCGCUGCUGGAGGUGGCCAACAGCUCCGGUGCAGAGCUCGCCGGCCCUGCGCCGGCCCCGCCAGGGGCACAGGGGGCUGGGCACAGACAGGUCCUGAUGGAGUUAAACCACCUGAAGGACAAAGUGCAGGUUGUCGAGGAUCUCUGCCUGCAGAGCUUCCAGAGACAGCCUCACGGGGUAGACGAUGCUCUACAGAAUAGAGAUGGCCAGACAGCGGGGGACAGCUUGAGCCUUUUGAAACCUCUAAAUGACACGAUGCACAGGAAGUUUCAGGAAACCGAACGGAGCAUCCAGAACCUUCAACGGGAUUUUAGUCUUCUUUACUCUCAACUCAACUACACAGAGGACCACGUGAGGCAUCUUCAGAAGGAGCUGAGUGGUUGUGCAGGAGGCAGCAACGCCGGGUUUGGGGGGUGUUCUAAGGGGGGUGAGCCGGAGAGGCUGGAGGAGCCCCUCCCAUCUGCCCGGGGCCCCCCGGCGCCCUGCUGCGGCCCGCUGGACGAGGGGUGGCAGAGGCUGCGGAGCCAGGUCCUUGCUGAGCUGGACACUUGUAAGGAGAAGACGCACGAGGUCCAGAGGGAGGUCUCCGUGGUGGAGGACAGAGUGUCUCACAUGGAGAAGACGUGCAGCAAACUGGACUCCAUCGCCGGGAGCCUUCAGAAGAUCAAGGAAGGGCUGAACAAGCACGUCAGCAGCCUGUGGACUUGCGUCAGGCAGAUGAACGGGACGCUGCGGGCACACUCCAGGGACAUCGCUGGCCUGAGGAACUCUGUCCAGCAGUUCUACAGCCACGUUUUCCAGAUCUCUACCGACCUGCAAGAUCUGAUCAAAUUUCAACCAUCAGAAACGGAGGAGCCUGCCGAAGCGCCCCUGCCUCCGUCGUCGGGAGGGCAGGCCCCGCGGAAGCCGCCCACCGAGCCGCCGCCUCCGGAGCCCACCCCGCGGCCGCCACUGCCCGACGACCCCACCCGCCCGGGGCACGUCCCCAGCGCCGAAGGCUACGCCGGAGCUCCGGGUUACCCCAAGUCACCACCUGUAGCCUCCUCAGGGGUUCCAGUGCCAUCUCUGGUGUCCUUCUCUGCCGGCCUCACCCAGAAGCCUUUCCCCAGCGAUGGGGGAGUCGUCCUGUUUAACAAAGUGCUGGUGAACGACGGGGACGUGUACGACCCCAGCACCGGGAUCUUCACAGCUCCGUACGAUGGGCGCUACCUGAUCACGGCCACCCUCACUCCCGAGAGGGACGCGUACGUGGAAGCCGUCCUGUCGGUGUCCAACGCCAGCGUGGCGCAGCUGCACACGGCCGGCUACCGCAGGGAGUUCCUGGAGUACCACCGGCCGCCGGGGGCCCUGCACACCUGCGGGGGCCCGGGGGCCUUCCACCUCAUCGUGCACCUGAAGGCGGGCGACGGCGUCAACAUCGUGGUGACGGGGGGCAGGCUGGCUCACACGGACUUUGACGAAAUGUACUCCACGUUCAGUGGGGUUUUCCUUUACCCUUUCCUUUCCCACCUCUGAGGCGGCCGGGGGAGGGAAGGGCGACAGCGGCAAGAAGUCGGAAGCUUUAAUAUAUUGCAUUUUUGUGCGGACCCGGGGCCCAGGUCUAGUUUUCUGCAGACUCCCCCUCCCCCGAAAGAAAGGCCGCUCCCAGCUGCGGAGGAACUGCGGGGCGCAGGGCUCCUGCUGCCGCUCCAACCCCACAGCCGGGAGCCCGCCCUCCCGUGUCUCCGGCUCCGCCUGUGAGCUCUGGUCCGGGCUGGGGCUCAAACAGCGGUGGCGGUGGCGGGCUGGGGGACCAACCUGCCGGUGGAGGAGGAGGAGCUGCCGGGUCCUGCCCGAGAGGAGGCCGGCCGGCCAGAACUGGUCCCCAUGGCCACAGUCUUUACUGGAGCAGAACUUUGUCCUCCUCGACUGUGCGUGCAGGAGGAGUGUAAACACUGAAGUGGCUAGUGCCACCACAGACCUAGGGUGACUGGGCUGCCCCAGGUCUGGCUCCCCCCGCUUCCCCCUCCCUCCCUUCCCCCGUGUCUGCCCGGCCAUGAGGGACGCGGGAGAGACUUUAUGUGGCUUGUUGAGCUCCUUGAAUGACAUGUACCACUUUAGCGCAAAGACAGGGAGUGUCAAUAAAGACGCGAAACCACUUCAA